AUGGGCAUCCCAGCUGCUUUCCGAUGGCUUUCGAACAAGUAUCCCAAGAUCAUAUCGCCUGUCGUCGAAGACCGACCCGUCGUUAUGGACGAUGGCACCGAAAUACCUGUCGACAUUACUCGUGCGAAUCCAAACGGCGAAGAGCUGGACAAUCUUUAUCUUGACAUGAAUGGAAUCGUCCAUCCCUGUGCGCAUCCAGAGGAUAAGCCAGCUCCAAAAGAUGAAGAAGAGAUGAUGCUUGAAAUUUUCAAAUAUACCGACCGUGUGGUUAACAUGGUCCGACCACGAAAGAUACUCAUGAUAGCAGUUGACGGUGUUGCGCCCCGCGCCAAAAUGAACCAACAGCGAUCCAGACGAUUUCGAUCGGCGCAAGAAGCUAAAGAAAAGGAAGACGACAAACAAGAGCUGAUAAAGCUGCUUAAACAGCAAAAUGGAGGUGACUUCGCUGCUGAAAGCACAGAAGCGGUGGCGAAAAAGGCGUUUGACAACAACUCCAUUACGCCGGGCACUCCUUUUAUGGAUAUACUGGCAAGCAGCCUGCGCUAUUGGUGUCAAUAUAAACUGAAUACGGACCCUGGCUGGGCAAAACUGAAGAUCAUCAUCUCAGACGCCACCGUGCCAGGCGAAGGCGAGCAUAAGAUCAUGAACUUUGUCAGAUCUCAACGAGCUAGCCCGGACUAUGACCCUAACACUCGACAUGUUAUUUAUGGGCUAGACGCUGAUUUGAUUAUGCUGGGACUUGCAACCCACGAGCCUCAUUUUCGCGUCCUACGUGAGGAUGUUUUCUUUCAGGAUGGCAAAGCUCGCACGUGUAAGCUUUGCGGUCAGCGAGGGCACGAUGCCCAAAACUGCAGAGGCGACACGAAAGAGAAAAAUGGAGAGUUUGAUGAGAAAGACAAGCCAGUGAUACUCAAACCUUUCAUCUGGCUUCACGUCUCUGUACUAAGAGAAUACUUGGCCGCUGAGCUUGCGAUACCCGAUCUGCCGUUCCGUUUCGAUCUUGAGCGGGUUAUCGAUGACUGGAUCUUCAUGUGCUGCUUUGUUGGAAACGAUUUUCUUCCACAUUUGCCAGCACUGGAAAUUCGCGAACAUGGCAUUGAUACACUUACAACCAUUUGGAAACGUAAUCUACCUGCACUUGGCGGUUACAUCACAAAGGAUGGCCACAUUGAUUUGGAACGAGCUCAGUGCAUUUUAGAUGGGCUUGCACUGCAGGAGGAUAUGAUUUUCAAGAAGAGAAAAGAGCAGGAGGACCGUCGUGAAGCAAACGCAAAACGUCGCCGACUUCAAAACAACGGAGCAGCAGGACGGGAUAACCGCAACGAUGGAAAAGGCCUCAGAAGCGGAUACGAAGACCCAUCUCGCGGGCUUGCUCUGCACCCAAUUGGGUCGAUUCCAACAGCACCCUUGAGAGCCAUCACUCAUGACAUGAUCGUCAAUCGAACCGGCGCGGGCGACGCAAACGUCGCCAACAAAAGUGCUGCUAGUGUCCUCAAAGAGCGCUUGAAGGCAAGCCGAGAUGCCACGGCUCCCGAAGCAGGCCAGAAUGACUCUGAAAACGGCUCAGCACACUCGGCACCGGGAAAGCGCAAAAUAUCAGCUGUCGAAGGGGUUGACGAUUCAACUCCAAAUGAUUCCCAAGGCAAAGCCACUCCGGCUGAUACCACUGACAUGCCAGCGGACCCGGUCAGGCUAUGGGAGGAUGGAUAUGCCGAUCGUUACUAUCAACUUAAGUUUCACAGAGAUCCUGGCGACAUAUCAUUUCGCAAGCAAGUUGCUCAUGCUUAUGUUGAAGGACUGGCGUGGGUUCUGCAAUAUUACUUUCAAGGCUGCCCGUCUUGGGAGUGGUAUUAUCCAUACCAUUACGCGCCGUUCGCGGCUGACUUCAAAGAAAUAACAGAGGCCAAUGUCACAUUCGAAAAAGGCAUCAUUUCCCGGCCGUUUGAACAGCUGAUGAGCGUUCUGCCGGCCGCUUCGCGCGAUAAUUUGCCGGAUGUUUUCCACAGUUUAAUGACUAACCCGGAUAGUGAAAUCAUUGAUUUCUAUCCCGAAGAGUUCGAGGUUGACUUGAACGGGAAGAAGAUGGCAUGGCAGGGAGUUGCAUUGCUACCUUUUAUUGAGAUGGACCGCCUUCUGGCAGCUGUGCAACAGAAGUAUCCGCUUCUAAGCGACCUAGAUAUGAAGCGCAAUGGCGUUGGAAGGGACGUUUUGUUGCUAUCAGAUAGCCAUGAGAGCAUUUACGACGAGAUCUUGACAAACUUUUACUCCAAAAAGCAAGGCUCUGCUCAAUUCCAACUCAAUCCCAAGACGAGUGACGGACUAUCCGGCUACGUUGAGAAGCAAGAAGAGUACGUGCCACACGGUACGCUGCACUAUCCCCUCGAACGCAAGUCCAUGCCGGAUUUAGACUAUGAUCGCUCCAUGAGCGUUAACUACGAUAUGCCGAAAAUGGCCCAUGAUCACAAGUCGAUGCUCCUGCGUGGCGUCAAAAUGCCGACCCCUGCACUCACGCGAAGUGACAUCGAGGUUUUGAGAGGCAAGUCAUCGCGAGGGGGUUAUGGUGGCGGCAACCGCGGAGGUCGCUAUGACCCUGGUGGACAUCAUCAAUUCAGACAGAACGGAAGGGGCAGGGGUCAAGACUUCGGCCCUAGCCGUCCCCAGUCGAACCAUUAUAGGCACGGCGAUUCGCGUCCUCCGCCUCAGCAGCAUUUCCAGGGACAGGGAGGCUGGCAGCCUCCCCAACCUGGCUCUUCUGGUUUUGGAAGGGGCGUUCCGCCGCCGCCACCUGCAGCACACCAACGAGGCUGGGGUUCCCAAGGCUUCAACGGUAGUGGUCAAAACUACGGCUCAAGUCAGAGCUACCAGUCGCAAGGCGGCCAGUAUUACCGUGGUGGGUGGAGCGGUCACCGGUAA